ACUGCCAGAUCGCGCGCACGACAUGUACGAAAAGAGAAGGAUGAGGCCCCCGACGGCGACGACUCGAACAAGCGACGAUGUGUGAGCUCGGCCUGCGUCGCAUGUCGCAAGCGCAAAUCGAAAUGCGAUGGCAACACACCCGCCUGCGCAGCCUGCAGUCAGGUUUAUAACACCGAGUGUGUUUACGAUCCCGGGUCGGACCACCGCAGAAAAGGAGUCUACAGGAGCGAUGCCGAUUCUCUCAAGACGCGCAAUUCGACUCUGCAGACUCUGAUCCACGCCAUUCUCAACUCUCCCGAGGGACAAGUGCCUGCCCUCGUGCGUGAAAUGAGGACUUGCGAGAGCCUUGAUAAAGUCGCUGAGCGAAUCGUUGCCCGUGAGCAGGGCCUGGAGCUGGAAGAGUCGGAUCAAGAGGACGAAGAUGUAAAUGAUCACACACAAACUUCUUCCGGACCAACACCGCAGUUUGAGAAGCAAUUGUCCACUCGGGUUGGCGAGCUGAGACUUGACGAUGGCUCUGUUCGUUAUAUUGGCGGCACUUCAAAUCUGCUCUUCCUGCAAGCCGAGAAGGACUCACAAGCCUCGUCUGUCUCGGAUGCAUAUCCUCAGCAGGAGAACCCCGUCACAUCAUGGACCAACCAGACGUCUGACCCCGACUUGGUCAUGCACUUGGUCAACAUGUAUUUCACCUGGCACUAUACAUACUUUACAUGCUUACCCAAGCAUCUUUUCUUUCGUGACUUUAUGCGAGGAAGACCUCCACCAGACACUCGACGCAAGACUGAAUACUGUACUCCGCUGCUAGUCAACGCCAUUCUCGCCCUUGGCUGUCACUUCACCUCGUCGCCUGGCGCGCGCGAGAACCCGAAUGAUUCUGCUACUGCUGGUGAUCAUUUCUUCCGCGAGGCAAAACGCCUGAUAAUGGAUAACGACGAAUAUGAGAAACCGAAGAUGACCACGGUCCAGGCCUUGGCACUUAUGAGUGUACGUGAGGCAGGUUGUGGUCGAGAGGCCAAGGGAUGGGUCUACUCGGGCAUGAGUUUCCGAAUGGCCUGUGACAUGGGUCUAAACAUCGAUCCGUCCGGGCUGGCUCACGCCGCUGAGCACACUAUCGACCCCGAGGAAGAGGAUGCCCGUCGAAUAACAUUCUGGGGGUGUUUCCUUUUCGACAAAUGCUGGUCCAAUUACUUGGGUCGUUUGCCUCAAUUGCCCAGCUCGGCCAUCACGGUGCCCAAAUUUGAUGUCUUUCCAGACGAAGAUAGCGCCUCUUGGGCACCUUACACCGAUUCGGGCUUUAUGAGUGCCCGCUCUCAGCCCGCUCGCACCCGUGCGGUCGCUUUGCAAAUAUCAACACUCUGCGAGAUCAGUAAUGAUCUUCUGCGACACUUCUACAACCCCAGCGAUAUGGAUAGAAGUCGCGGUCGACAAGCCGAGCUCAAAAUGUUGAGCGAUAUUCACACUCGCCUCGAAACUUGGCGGCGCAAUCUACCUGCCGAGAUGGAGCCCAAAGAAGGAGGACUCAGCAGUGUUCUGACCAUGCACAUGUUCUUCCAGCUUCUCUUCAUCCACCUCUUCCGACCUUUUCUCAAGUACAACCAGAGCACGUCGCCUUUGCCUGCCAACGUCAGUCCGCGAAGACUUUGUACGCAAGCUGCUGCCAUGAUCUCGAAGCUCAUGCGUCUUUACAAGCGAUCACACGGUCUGAGACAAAUCUGUAAUGUGACAGUGUAUAUCAUGCACUCGGCAUGUACCAUCCAUCUGUUGAAUCUACCAGACAAGAACGCUCGACGCGACAUCAUACACGGCAUCAAGCACUUGGAAGAGAUUGGAGAAGGCUGGCUCGGUGCACGCCGCACCCUGAGCAUUCUCUCCGUCAUGGCGCGCAAGUGGAAAAUCGAGUUACCCGAGGAAGCAGCGACUGUGCUUGCCCGCGCCGAGACAAAGUUCAGCCCUCACAGCACAGACACGCCUAGCCCGAUGGCACGACGAGCAUCAAUGCUGGCAAUGAUGGGAACAUCAGAAGCUCAACCAGCACAACGAACACAACAGCCACUCCCACAGCAACGACCCGCUUGGACCCAAGCGCAACAAGCAAUGCUCGCCAACGCCUCAGCAGCACCCAUGUACGGCCAAGUCCCCUUCAACGCCGCUGCCCAAUCCACCGCAAGUCCCUUCGCCCUACCUCCUCAAUCAGCCUCCGAUAUCCGCGCUACAAAUUAUCCUUCCGCGCAAUCCACUCCCUUCAACGGCCUCCAAUCUAUUCCAGCAGAAUCACCAACAGCAACCUACACCGCGGCAGCCAGCCCCUCGGACAUGUUUGGCGGUGUCGAGCAAUUGCUGCGAGAAAGUCAAGACUGGGUAUUCCGCGAUCAAGCGCAACUGGCUUCUGGCUUUGGCAACUGG